AUGCAGAGAAUAUCCAUGUUACUGUGCUACAUUACAUUCCUUCAUCUCAUCUUGACUAGUUUUGCUUUUGCUCACUCCCAUAACUAUAUCAUCCACAUGAACAUAUCAGCCAUGCCUAAAGUAUUCACAACCCAACACACAUGGUACCAAUCAAUUGUUUCCACUAAGUUAAUUUACUCCUACACACAUGUCAUUAACGGUUUCAGUGCUAAUUUUUCACCAAAAGAGCUUCAAUCCCUCAAAGCUUCCCCAGGCUACAUUUCAUCCGUAAAAGAUUUCAACAUGAAACUUUACACAACACAUUCGCCUCACUUCCUUGGCCUCAAUCCCAACAUAGGUGCUUGGCAUGAUUCAGAGUCUGGCAGAGAUGUAAUUGUUGGUUUAGUUGACACUGGUAUUUGGCCAGAAAGCAAAAGCUUCAAUGAUUAUGGUACCACUAAAAUUCCUUCAAAGUGGAAAGGCCAUUGUGAUUUCAAUUCAUCAGUUUGCAACAAAAAACUCAUUGGAGCUAAGUUCUUCAACAAAGGACUAUUAGCAAUGUAUCCAAACAGAAUCACAACUCUCCACUCUACACGUGACACUGAUGGUCAUGGUACACACGUUUCGUCAAUCGCAGCUGGAAGCAGAGUUGAUUCUGUUUCAUUCUAUGGUUAUGCACCUGGAACAGCUUCAGGAAUAGCUCCAAAUGCACGUGUAGCAAUGUACAAAGUUGCUUAUGAACAAGAUUUGCUAUCUUCUGAUGUAAUAGCUGCAAUUGACGCCGCAAUAUCCGACGGCGUUGAUGUUCUUUCCUUAUCAUUAGGAACUGAUGAAGGGCGUUUGCCUCUGUAUGAAGAUCCUUUAGCUGUAGCAACUUUUGCAGCUAUUGAAAAAGGUGUUUUUGUUUCAGCUGCAGCUGGAAAUCGCGGACCCGGGCUUAACACUCUUCACAACGGAAUACCAUGGGUUAUAACCGUGGCUGCUGGAGUUAUGGAUAGAGAUUUUCAAGGGACUCUUACACUUGGAGACGGUACCAAAAUCACAGGCUUGUCUCUUUAUAAAGGUACCUUUCCUAUCCACAAUGUUCCAAUUGUUUUCAUGGGUUUAUGUGAAAAUGUUGAAGAAUUGAAAAAAGUGAAGAGUAAGAUUGUGGUCUGUGAAGGAAAAAAUGGAACUAGGUUUUAUCAACUAGUCUAUUAUUUGGAUGAAGCAAAAGUGUUAGGAGCUGUUUUUGUUUCAAAUGACUCACAUAUAGAAGAUACAGAAAAUAGGUUCGCAUCCCUCAUUAUUGAUCCAAAAAAUGGACAAGUUGUCAAAACUUACAUCAACAGCAGUAGUAAUUCUUCAAUUGCAAGCUUGUCUUUCAAGAAAACGGUUUUUGGAACUAAACCAGCACCUACUGUUGAUUCGUAUAGCUCAAGAGGGCCAUCAUAUAAUUGUCCGUUUGUAUUGAAACCCGACAUUACUGCACCCGGUACUUCCAUCUUAGCCGCAUGGCCUGCAAAUGUUCCCGUGAAAACAAUACUGCCCUACAAAUAUUUCAGCGAAUUCAAUUUGUUAAGUGGAACUUCUAUGGCAUGUCCCCAUGUUGCAGGCGUAGCGGCUCUUUUAAAAGGAGCACACCAUGAUUGGACUCCGGCAGCUAUUAGGUCGGCAAUUAUGACAACAUCAGACAUAUUUGAUAAUAUUAAGAAACCUAUCAAAAUCAUUGGAGAAGAUAACAAAGUAGGAAACAUUGCAAACCCUUUUGCAUUGGGUGCUGGUCAUGUCAAUCCUAAUAGAGCAAUGGACCCCGGUCUUGUUUAUGAUGUUGGCGUGCAAGAUUAUGUUAAUCUUCUCUGUGCACUUAACUACUCACAAAAAAACAUCAGUGUUAUUACAAGGUCCUCUUCCAAUGAUUGUUCUAAACCUUCAUUGGAUCUCAACUAUCCUUCUGUUAUUGCUUUCUUUGGUGCUCAUAAUUCUACUUCAAGGACAGUUCAAGAAUUUCACAGAACAGUUACCAAUGUUGGUGAUGGAAAAGCAACUUAUGUGGCUAGAGUUGCUCGUAGUAAAGGCUUCCGUGUCCGUGUUAUCCCAAACAAGUUGGUGUUCAAUGAGAAGAACGAGAAGAGAAGCUUCAAGUUGAGGAUCGAAGUUGCCAGAAUGCCGAAAUUAGAACAAGUGGCUUUUGGAUAUCUGAAUUGGAUGGAUAGGAAGCACGUGGUUAGGAGUCCAAUUGUAGCCACCACUCUGCAAUUGAAAUUCUAG